ACUGACGCCUCCCCGCAGUACGCAUAAGCGCUGAUCUUGCCGGGGAGCCGACGCGGGGGUGGGGAGGGCAAUUCAUGGAGCCAUUAGCCGUCAUUGCUGUCUCCCUGCUGCUCGGGGCGCUCAUUUACUUCAUUUCAGCGGCGGUGACUGGAUCGCGAAGGAGCUUACCGCAGGAAGGCAGCAGCGUUGAGGAGGACAGUAAAGUCAGUAAUGGAGUGAGUGACAGAAACACAGCAUCAAAAAAGCAAAAGCUACAGCGUCCACGUAAAGAAAAAUUGCAGCAGCACGUGUUUUCCCAUCCAUUGCUGGCCACUUCUUUAAAGAGUCACAGUGGGAAUGUCAGCUGCCUGGAUUUCAGUAGCAAUGGAAAGUACUUGGCUUCCUGUGCUGAUGACCGCACAGUGCGAAUUUGGAGUACAAAAGAUUUUCUUGAGCAUGAGCAUCGUUGUGUCCGCUCUAACGUCGAACUUGAUCAUGCCACACAUGUGUGCUUCAGCCCUGACUCCAGAGCUUUCAUUACGUGGCUGGCAAACGAAGAAACUAUCCGUAUUUUUAAAAUGAUCAAAAAGGACGAUGGUACUUUCACGUUCACUGCUGCACCCGAAGACUUCCCGAAGAAGCACAAAGCUCCAAUAGUGAACAUUGGAAUUGCAGAAACAGGAAAAUUCAUUAUGUCUGCAUCCAGUGACACAACCAUUUUGAUUUGGGAUUUGAAAGGAGAGGUUCUGGCUACAAUUAACACUAACCAGAUGAACAAUGCAUACGCCACAGUGUCUCCUUGUGGAAGGUUUGUGGCUUCGUGUGGCUUUACACCAGAUGUCAAAGUUUGGGAAGUGUGUUUUACCAAGUCAGGCACAUUCCGCGAAGUGGUGAGGGCCUUUGACCUAAAGGGUCAUUCAGCUGGCAUUUACUCAUUUGCUUUCUCCAAUGACUCCAGAAGAAUGGCAACAAUUUCUAAGGAUGGAACCUGGAAGCUUUGGGACACUGAUGUUGAAUACAAACAGCAGCAGGACCCCUAUUUGCUGUACACGGUGAAGUGCGAAGUCUCUGAUCCCUGCCGAAUCGCGCUUUCUCCUGAUGCCAGGGUGGUUGCUAUCUCCAGUGGCUUCAACAUUACAGUGCACAAUACCAAGACGAGCAAACAGGAGGAAGAGUUUAUAAAUGUGCAUGGGGAGGAGAUUACUGGCUUGGCAUUUGACACCAACAGUAGAUUUUUAGUUUCAUGUGGUGAUCGUGCAAUUCGGGUCUUCCACAAUGUGGUGGGCUACCGUGCAGUUAUUGAAGAGAUGGAAGGCAGGCUGAAGAAAGCAACAAAUGAAGCAAUGCGAGAAAGAUUACAACAACAAAUUGAUGAUGCUCAGAAAGCAUUAGAGGCAGUAUAUACGAGGAAAGAGUAAAACCACAACAAACUAGCAUUGCUUUUGGGUUUGUGUUUCUGGACCUCCUCUGUAAGCUCUGAGGAAAGUUUGAGGUUUCCGUUCAACUGUGCACUGUUUGUACACAAAAUAAAUAUGAUAGCCCAUGUGUUUAGGUUCUGGCCAUCACUAAAUGUCAUUUUCAAGUACAAGUGGACUGAAUCUGUUUUGUUUGGAGCAGAAUUUCUGCAAAUGAAGAAAAUAGAAAUUUUCCCUCUACCUUAAGAUGGUUCUCGUUUUAUUGCUUUCUGUUGUUCUGUCACAAUCAGCAUGCGAGAUUAUGUCAUAGAUUUAGAAAUUGAAAAUCUUUUGAGAUCCAUUGAGGUCUUGGUUUUAUGUUUCAACGUAAUGAUGGAAUGUUGUUAGUUUCUACAUAACUCUGCACCAUUAGUAAAUUGUUCUAAAUGAAACCCAAAAACUUUGGAUGAUGGAACAUGUGAAUCUAAACAUAAAAUACACUAAAGUAUCUAACUGAUCCGGCUGCAACAAAUAGAGAAAUCAAGUUAAUUUUUUGGACCAGUGUCCUUUUUAUCAGAGCUGAAAAAGUUAACAGUUGAACAGGUUUUACUUGAUUAGAGGCAAAGAAAGCAUGGGAGGGAAGAAGGAACAAAAAGGAUGGGAUGGAAGGGAUGAUGUUGCAAGGCAAAAGCAAGUGUUAAUGUAACUAGAAUGAAACAAAAAGAUGCAAUUAUUCUAGUUCUAUAUGCCAGUAUUACCCAAAGCUGCUGUGUGAUAAAAUGGAAAUAUCAGUUAUAAUCUGCUGUUCAACUCUGUGUUGAGUUUUCAAAGGCUUCUGUUAUGUUUCAUUAGAACAGUAUAGGGAGAGCUUAGAAUGGGAGCAGAGCAACAAAUCAUAGAAUUCCAGGUCAUGCCUGCAGACUAAAUAGAAGUUUUCACCUAAAAUGAUCAACUUUUGUGUUUACUUUGCCCAAUGAGAGCAGACCUGCAUCAGACAUAGCAAUUACAAGAUGCCAAACUGGAAACAGUACCAGUAAAAGAUAACAAAGUGUGAAGCUGGAUGAACACAGCAGGCCAAGCAGCAUCUCAGGGGCACAAAAGCUUUUGUGCUCCUGAGAUGCUGCUUGGCCUGCUGUGUUCAUCCAGCUUCACACUUUGUUAUCUUGGAUUCUCCAGAAUCUGCAGUUCCCAUUAUUUCUGUUACAGUACCAGUAAAUUGCUUUUUCACUUGAAAUAACCUUUUGGGAACCUGGACAAAGAGUUGGAAAGUGAUAACAUUACAAACGUUGCACCUGCGAUUUAAUGUGACUCUGUCUUCUGAAGGAGAGAGUGUGUUGGAGGCGAGGAUAGAGGACCAGGGUACAGCAGAAAAAAGAUCCCUUUUAAAAAAAAUCGAAAGGAAUGGAGAAUGUGAAGGGUCUUCUUUGUGGGAUGUUGGCAUUGCUGGCAAGGCCAAUGCUUAUUGCCGAUCAUUUGUUGCCCUGAAGAAAGUGGUAGUGAGCUGUCUUUGUAAAACCUGUGGUCAUUGAGGUGUGGUACAUGCUCAGUACUGUUAGACUAUAGUAGUAACCAUUUCCAUCUCUCGUAAUGCUGUAAAAUUUGACUUGCCACAUGAUGCAAAAUUUAAACUUCAUCAGAAACAAAGGAUAUGACUACAAAUUAUACAACACAUUGCUGUUAAGUAAAAGAAUUUGCUCCUUUAACAGUGGGUAACUAAAUAGUAACUAACAUAAUUCGGAAUCAAGGAUUUCAACAUUCAAGGUGAGUGGUUUACACUAGGAUAAAAUCAUGUUGCCAAGCAACUGAUGGCUUAUGAUAUUUAUGAUAUGCUAAAUAUUUCUUUUCUUCAUUGACCCUGAAUCAAUAGUACACUCACUUUUGAAUGCUGCAUGUUGCAAGUGCCAUCUUUUAGUGAGGUAUUAAAUCGAAGCCCUGUAAGCCUUUUACAGGUGAGUGUGAAAGAUUUAUUUGUGUUAUUUGAUGAACAGGGGCUCUGCUAUUUCCUGGCCAACUUUUAUUCCUGGACUGGCACCUAAAACAAGUAACUGGGUUGUUCUCAAGUUAUUUCUUCAUGCGAUGUUGGGAUUGCUGGCUAAGUUAUUCAUUUACCCGUCCUUAAUUGUCCUUGAGAACGUCUUGGUGAGCCACCUUCUGGAACCAUUGUAGUCCAUAUGAUGUUGGUAUAGACAGGCCCCAAUUUAUGAACAUCUGACUUAGAAGUACUCUUAUUUACGAACAAAGUCCCAUGUUAAUUUUAAAGAUUUGACAUGCAAACAUUUUCUGUCACAGUCAGCUGUUGUAUAUUAUAUUGUGUUCUGACAUGUACACAUUCUUGAACAUAUUCAAGAAUGGAACCCAUUCAUAACUUGAGGAUUGCCUGUAUAUGCAUACAGCGGUUAGGAAGGGGUUUGCAGAAUUUUGACCCAGUGACUGUGGAGGAACAGUAGUAAUGUUCUGAUUUUGGAAGUUUGUGGCAUGGAGGAUAACCGUAACAGCUGGUAUUAAUGUGCACCUGCUACUUUUGGCCUCUUGAGUGGGUUUCGAAGGUGCACUUGUAGGACCCUGGAUAAAUUGCUGCAGUGUAUUUUUUAAUUGGAUGUACUGCGACUAUUACGUCGGUAGUGGAGUGAAUGUUGGCAGGGGUGGCAUCAAGUGGACUGCUGUGUGCUGGAUAGUGUCUAGUUUAUGGACUGUUUUUGGAGCUGCAGAUUUCAAAGCAAUACUUUGUAAGGGUCUGAAAAGGUUAAUGAUGAGUUCCAUUUACUGUGAAGAUGUUGUGUGGAUUCUGGAGAUCAGCUUAGGAUUUUAUAAAAAUAAAAAUUAAAAACUACCAUUUGGGUCUUCCUCAAGUCUAUAACAAUGUUUCUUGCAUUCAUAUAACUUGUACACAGUUGCUGUCUUACAAUAAACUACAUUUUGUUUGAGACAA